CGCUGCUCCUCCGACUGACUCUCUCUCUCUCUCUCCCCACAUAUCUUGACAUCUCUUCUUUCCCUCUCAUUUCCACUUUCUCUUCACUCACAGCAUCCUGCAUUGUACUCCCCACCCCUUUACGUUCGUUUCCGACUGCAGAAAUCAUGUCUUUGAAAGACGUGUACAGCCGGUUCCUGACCAACCCCAAGUCGGUUCCCUUGGCCACCGAUGCCUCCCUGAUCUACAUUACCACCACUACCAAGGUAGACGGCGAUGCUGCCAUUCUCAGUCAUUUCACCAAACAGCAGCGCAUUGUCAAGACUAAGUCGGAGAAUAUCUUGGACGCUUUCGAAAACACCAACUCUUUAUGUUUGGAUAUUGAAACCACGCUGGAGUUUGUGUCUGGCGGCGGGGCCUAUCUUCCCCAGCUGGACGACAACUUCCUGGCCGAUCACGUCGCUACCUUUCCCACGGUUCAUAUCGUUCGCUUCAAUGCCCAACAGCAAAUCCAGAAUGUCCGCAUCUACUGGGACCAGGCGUCGUUACUGAAACAAGUCGACGUAAUCGGUUCUCGUGCUCGUGGCUGGCCUAUUCGCGACGCCAAAGACCAAUUCCGCCUUCUCAAAUCCGCUAUCUCUUCGAGCGCCCCGGAUAACGGGCCGGGGUCUGCUUCUGCGCCCGCUCCGCCUGCGUACGCAGAGGAGAAAGAAGGUGCUUCGGGGCGCACGGUCGCCUCUCCGGGAAAAAAGUACAUCAAGGAUCCUCAUGCCGCUGACUCCCUUUUUGAACUUCUAUCACCAAGCAAGGAACGAGGUGAGCCCGUGCGCGCCCCACGAGCUCCUGCAUCCGCCAAACCUCCAGCACGCGAGUACGGCGAGCUUUUCCUAAGUACCGAAGGUCUCGCCGAUGACGAUACUCCCGAUAUGUCCCCCUCCAGAAAGCGAAUCCCCCCUAAGGCUGGCGCACCUAAGAACCUACACCCCAAUCGCAUUUUCGAUGACGAUGAGACUGUCGCGAAAGAAGGCGGCCUCCAGCAGAUUGCCUACAGGGCUCACCCCAAGCGUUACGAACACUUCGAGCUUGGCGCGGACAACAGCACCCGGGAGGUCAAGGACAAGCCCUUGCGCCCUGUGUCGCGACAGGCCCCUCACUGGGAUUUUGAAGACUUUGUGACUCCUGAGAAACCCACACGCCAGCCUCGUGGAGAGGAGAUUCGUCACUUUGGAUGGAGCGACGAUGAGCCGGACCUCACGUCCCCUCCAGCUCGUCCGCGGGUCGCGCAGCCUCGUCCUGAUGCUAAAACACACUUCUCGUUGACUGACGAGCCGGAAGGUGAAGCAGGCGGGCGCAUUAUCAGCUCGUUCCAGAACAAAGGCUUGGGCCUCUACAAGAACCACCUCUUCGACAACAAGGAGGAUGACGGAUCCUCUCAAGGCGCCAACCCACCUCUCUCGAAAGUCAACAACAAUGGCGCCAACCGUAAGAAGGAGCUUGAGACCCACUGGGAUAUGGCCGACGAGUCGCCCCGGGACAGCAAGCGCAAUGCAGAGAAUAGAAGGCCUAUGCCCGGAGACCGCCAGAAAGCUGUGAAGGCGCUGGAGCCCUCCUGGGAUACCUAUGACCAGUCACCGGAACCCACGAGAAUGGCACCGCCCCAGCGUCGCAGCCUCAGGAACCACAAUCAGCCGAGUUGGAAUUUCGGUUCUGAGAAUUGAUCGCGCUGCAUUGCAUGACUGCGGUGUAACCUGUAGUGCUUCGCUGCCCAGUGCAUGCAUUUACCCAUUUCAAAGAAAAAUCUCGCUGAACGUCGAGUAUACCUCGAGGAUUAUACGGCGGAUUGACAAUAACCUAGGGGCCAACAUACAUACUUUGAAAAAGUCAAACGAUGGGAAGUCCGUAGGCAUCGAUGGCAGAGACUCUUAUAUUCAUUAGCGAUGUAUUCUUGCAAGCUACAUUCCUGUCCUGUAUUCUCUACAGCGGUUCCUUGCAUUAUGUGAUGUUAUUUUCUGCUGAUAGUAAGCUGCAUGCGGUUGUGACGUUGGCCAUGGGACAUGAGCUUACGAAUACGAAGAAUAAUUCCGA